GCUGUAUCCAAGAGGCCUGCCUCUUUUCUCAUUGGACUGUGCGAGCUGUCAGCCCAUGUGGCGUGGCCAGACAGAAUGUGAGACAUUUAAAUUCAUCAGAGAAAAAAGAUUCACUGAUGCGCCGAAGGUAACCCUUCACACAGGGGACACGACAGAGGCAGCCUUUCCUCCCUACAGUUUAGGUUCGAGGAACACUACCGUGGACUAUCGAGGUGUAGCUGACGCAAAUAACGAGACAAUACAUCUCACCAAGUGGCCCGAAGUAUUGAUUUUGCAGAGACGUCACACCGUCGGUGAAACAGUAACUCAGCAUGGAUGAGAUAGUCAUAGCAGGCAUAUCGGGACGUUUGCCUGAGUCCAACAAUCUGGAGGAAUUCUGGGAAAACCUUAUCAAUGGUGUGGACAUGGUGACAGAGGACAACCGGCGAUGGACACCAGGUCUGUAUGGUCUUCCAAAGAGGAAUGGUAAACUGAAAGACAUCAGCCACUUUGAUGCAGUCUUCUUUGGAGUGCACCCCAAACAGGCCAACACCAUGGACCCCCAGCUCCGUCUCAUGCUGGAGAUUGCCUAUGAAGCUAUUGUAGAUGGAGGACUGAACCCGACCACACUGCGUGGCAGUAAAACCGGUGUUUACAUUGGGGUGAGUGGCUCGGAAGCUGGCGAGGCAUUCAGCAAAGAUCCAGAGGAGCUACUGGGCUACAGCAUGACUGGCUGUCAGCGUGCCAUGUUGGCCAACAGAUUAUCCUACUUUUUUGACUUCAGUGGACCCAGCACUGCCAUUGAUACAGCCUGCUCCUCCAGCUUGCUGGCUUUAGAUAAUGCAUUCCAUGCCAUCCGCCAGGGCCAUUGUGAUGCCGCUCUUGUGGGUGGAGUCAACUUGAUACUCAAGCCAAACACCUCAGUGCAGUUCAUGAAACUGGGCAUGCUCAGUCCUGAGGGGACCUGCAAGUCUUUUGACUCGUCAGGUAAUGGAUACUGCCGUUCUGAGGCAGCAGUGGCGGUGCUACUGACCAAGAGAUCAAUGGCUAAAAGGGUCUAUGCCACAGUGGUCAACACUGGCAACAACACAGAUGGAUACAAAGAGCAAGGUGUAACGUAUCCUUCAGGUGAAAUGCAAAGGAGACUGGUUCAUUCUCUCUACCAGGAGGCAAAUAUAACUCCUGAGCAGGUGGAGUAUGUGGAGGCCCAUGGCACGGGAACAAAGGUUGGGGACCCACAGGAAGUGAAUGGCAUUGCUAGUGUGUUCUGUCAAUCAAAACGAGACCCUUUGCUUAUUGGCUCCACCAAAUCCAACAUGGGUCAUCCAGAACCGGCGUCUGGUCUGGCUGCCCUUGCAAAGGUGUUGCUUUCUUUGGAACGAGGAGUCUGGGCUCCCAACCUGCACUUCAACAGUCCCAACCCUGAAAUUCCUGCCCUCACCGAUGGUCAGAUUAAAGUUGUUGACCGGCCCACACCCGUUCGAGGAGGCAUAAUAGGCCUUAACUCAUUUGGAUUUGGUGGUUCAAACGUUCAUGUAAUUCUUCGUCCAACUGAGAAACAUGCUGACGCAACUGUACCACCAAGGAUUGUUCCCAAGGUGCUUAAUGCCUGUGGCCGUACAGAGGAUGCAGUGAAAACCAUGCUCCAGAAGGGGAAGGAACACGCUGCAGAUGACAGCUUCCUGUCUUUGCUGAAUGACGUCUCAGAAGGCCCGCUUACUAGCAUGCCCUUCAGAGGAUACACUUUGAUUGGCUCUCAGAGUGAUGUAAUGGAAGUGCAGCAAGUGCAAGCCCCAGCCAGGCCUCUCUGGUAUAUCUGUACAGGUGUGGGAUCACAGUGGGCAGGUAUGGGCCGCAGUCUCAUGCAGCUGAAAGACUUUAGAGAGUCCAUUCUGCAGUCAGACGCAGCCCUGAAAGACACAGGCCUGGUCGUGUCUCGUUUGCUCAUGGAGGCUGACGAUACCACCUUUGAAGACACUAUUCAUGCCUUUGUUGGCCUCACUUCAAUACAGAUCGCUCUGAUUGACCUGCUCACUAAGGUCGGUCUGCAGCCCGAUGGCCUCAUAGGACACUCAGCAGGAGAGCUGGCCUGUGGCUAUGCUGACGGUUCCCUUGGCCACAGUGAGGCAAUCUUGGCUGCCUACUGGAGAGGCCGUUGCGUCAAAGAGGCCAAACUUCCUCCAGGAGCCAUGGCUGCAGUUGGGAUGACCUGGGAGGAGUGCCUGGCUAAGUGUCCUCAAGGAGUUGUCCCAGCCUGCCACAACGCUGAGAAAACCAUCACCAUCUCUGGUCCUCAGGAAGCAAUCCGGAAAUUUGUAUCUGAGCUGAAAGAUCAGGGAGUGUUUGCAAGAGAGGUGCACACUGCUGGUGUCGCUUUCCAUUCCUACUUCAUGGCUUCCAUUGCUCCCAACCUGCUGGCUGCUCUAAAGAAGGUGAUCAAGGAGCCAUGCCAGCGUUCAUCCCGCUGGGUAAGCACCAGUAUCCCUCAGUCUGCGUGGGAUUCUCCUCUGGCUCUGUACAGCUCAGCUGAGUACUAUGUCAACAACCUGGUCAGCCCUGUGCUGUUUAAGGAGGGCCUGAGUCUGGUUCCCGAAAAUGCUGUGGUGGUGGAGAUAGCGCCUCAUGCUGUGCUACAGACCAUUCUGAAGCGCAGCCUGAAGCCUACUUGUUCCGUCCUUCCUUUGAUGAAGAUAGGACUCCCCAACAACCUUGAGUUCUUCCUCUCAAACCUUGGCAAAAUCUACAUUAAUGGCAUCAAUGUGGAUGUAAACAGGCUCUGGCCUGCUGUGAUGUACCCUGUGCCAGUUGGUACCCCUUUGAUCUCUCCCUUGGUCCAAUGGGACCAUGCCCAGACUUGGGAUGUCCCCAAGGUCGAGGAUUUUUCUUCUGGCUCCGGAGGAUCCAAUUCAGCCAGCAUCUAUAAUAUUGAUGUAAACCCAGAGUCAACAAACAACUACCUGAUUGGACACUGCAUUGAUGGGCGUGUGCUCUACCCAGCAACGGGCUACCUGGUUUUAGCCUGGCGCACUUUUGUGAGAAGUCUGGGUGCUGUCAUGGAAAGCACCCCAGUAAACUUUGAGGACAUCACCAUCCACAGAGCUACCAUCCUACCAAAGACAGGUUCUAUCCAGUUGGAGGUGCAUCUCAUGCCUGCCACCAACAGAUUUGAGGUUUCAGAGAAUGGAAAUCUGGCUGUCAGUGGCAAGGUGACCAUUCUGGAGGAUGCCGCCCUCAAUUCAUUCCAUAGUCAGAUAAGUCAACAAGCUGGCAAUGUUAAUGGUGACCCGAAAGUGAAGCUGACAGCACAUGAUAUCUACAAAGAGCUGCGCCUGCGUGGCUAUGACUAUGGAAAGUCAUUCCAAGGCAUCUUGGAGUCCAACAAUACAGGAGAUAGUGGGAAGCUGCUGUGGACAGAAAACUGGGUGACAUUUCUGGACACCAUGCUGCAGAUGGUUGUGGUCGGGCUGUCGGGUCGAAGUCUGCGUUUGCCAACCAGAAUACGCUCUGUGUGUAUUGAUCCAGCUGUCCAUCUGGAAAAGAUCUGCGAGUACACUGAUGGAAAGAAGGCUGUGGAUGUCCAUGUCGACAGUUGCCUUGACAAAGUAGUUGCUGGUGGAGUCCAAAUCUGCGGUCUGCAUGCCACUGUUGCCCCACGUCGGCAGCAUCAACAGAGUCCACCCACCCUGGAGGAAUUUGUGUUUGUUCCCUAUGUGGAGACAGAGUGCCUAACAGCCGAUGGGAAACUUACAGACCAGCUGAGAAUCUGCAUAGGUUUAAUUCACAGACUGCAGCGAAAGUUGGCCCCUCAUGGUGUCAAGCUCUCCAUCCCUGGGCUACAAGUGGAGUCAGACAGCCCAUUUCCAUGCCCUGAGCCCUCUCAGCCAGGCCUGCCGCGGCUGCUGGCCUUGCUCUGUGCCUUGGAGCUGAAUGGGAAUCUUCAGUCUGAACUGGAACAGCUGGUGGAGAAGGAGAGGGCAUGUCUGCUGCAAGACAGCCUGCUACAGGGACUGCUAAACAACCAUGCUCUCAGACACUGCCUGGACAUCACUUUGGAAAACAGCAUGCCCGGCAAGAUCAAAGUCCUUGAGGCUCUCACUAAUGAUGGCCAGCUCUUCUCUCAUGUGGUACCCCUCCUAAAUGUCCAGCCCAUGCUGCGUGUGGACUACACUGCCACAGCAUCCAACUUGGAUCUUUUGACCCCCUACCAAGCCACCUUAGAGGAGCUGGCGGUCACUUCAGCUCAGUGGGAUCCUCAGAUGGGCCCGGCUCCUGGAAGCCUAAUAGGCGGGGCAGACCUAGUGUUGUGUAAUCACGCCUGGGGCCCUCUAAGGAUGGACCCUAAACUGCUGGUGGCAAAUCUGUCUUCUGGAGCCAAACAAGGAGGGUUUGUUCUCCUCCACACCCUGCUGAAAGGAGAGACACUGGCUGAAACAGUGGCCUUCCUUUCCAACACAGCCCAGAGCAGCAACCAGCAAGGACUACUCACACAGGCUGAGUGGGAGAAGGUCUUCUCUGAGGUUUCCCUCAGUCUGGUGGCUGUCAGGAAGUCUUUUUAUGGCUCAGCCCUCUUUCUUUGUCGCAACCGGUCUCCAGCCAAACAGCCUAUUUACCUUUCUGUGGACACUACCGACUACAAAUGGGUAGAAAAACUCAAGGCAAUGAUGGUGGAGACAACAGACUGUCCAGUGUGGUUGACUGCCUCUCAGGCCAACUGUGGCAUUGUUGGAAUGGUCAACUGUUUACGGCAGGAGCCAGGUGGCAGCCGCAUACGCUGUGCGUUUGUGUCCAAUCUAAAUGAGUCUUCAGUUGCACCAAGCCUCCAACUGGCUCCUAAGUCCAUGACGUCAGUGCUGGAAAGAGAUCUGGUUGUAAAUGUGUUCAGAGAUGGACACUGGGGCGUCUUCAGGCACCAGCUCAUCACUUCUGAUCAAAAUGAGGAGUUGACAGAGCAGGCCUACAUCAACGUGUUGACUCGAGGUGACCUAUCUACUCUGCGAUGGAUUGCCUCCCCACUCUGUCAUUUUGUGGCCAACAGCUCUGAAAUGCAACAAUGUUGCGUAUACUAUAGCUCGCUCAACUUCAGAGAUAUAAUGCUUGCAACUGGCAAACUUCCACCAGAUGCUAUUCCAGGGGGUGUAGCUCUGCAGCAGUGCAUGUUGGGUAUGGAGUUUUCUGGUCGUGACCCCAGUGGUCGGCGUGUGAUGGGCCUGUUACCUGCUAAAGGCCUGGCAACAAGUGUGAACGCUGACAGACGGUUCCUCUGGGAUAUUCCCUCCUGUUGGACCCUUGAGCAGGCAGCCUCAGUGCCAGUGGUCUACGCCACAGCCUACUACUCUCUGGUGGUGCGUGGCAGGCUCCGCCAUGGGGAGACUGUUCUCAUCCACUCAGGCUCAGGGGGCGUCGGCCAGGCUGCCAUUGCUAUAGCACUCAGCAUGAAUUGCAAAGUCUUCACCACAGUCGGCUCAACAAAGAAGAAGGCCUACUUGCAGGAGAGGUUCUCUCAACUCUCGGAAGAGUCCUUCGCUAACUCCAGAGACAUCUCUUUUGAACAGCACAUCUUGCUCCACACACAGGGCAAAGGUGUUAAUGUAGUUCUGAAUUCUCUGGCUGAGGAGAAACUGCUGGCUAGCGUUCGCUGCCUAGCUCGCCAUGGACGAUUCCUGGAGAUCGGCAAAUUUGACCUUGCGAACAACUCUCCACUGGGUAUGGGUCUUUUCCUAAAGAAUGUAGCGUUCCAUGGCAUCCUGCUGGAUGCUCUCUUUGAAGAGGGUAACCAGGAGUGGGAGGAAGUAUCCCAGCUACUGAAGGACGGCAUUGUGGGAGGUGUAGUUCAGCCUCUAAAGACCACAGUGUUUGAGAGGGACCAAGUGGAGGAAGCAUUCAGAUAUAUGGCUCAGGGCAAGCACAUUGGCAAGGUCCUGCUGCAGGUGCGUUAUGAGGAAAGGGGUGCAGAAGUCCAAACUGCUUCCCCCUUGUCUCUUCUGGCGAUCAGACGCACUUAUUGUGUCCCCUCCCACUCCUACAUCAUCACUGGUGGACUGGGUGGCUUCGGUCUGGAGCUUGCACAGUGGUUGAUGGAGAGAGGAGCCCGAAAACUGGUGCUGACUUCCAGAUCAGGCAUCAGGAAUGGAUACCAGGCAAAGCGAGUGCAUGAAUGGCAGAGUCAAGAUGUGGAGGUGCUGGUGUCAACAAGUGAUGUCACCACGCUGGAGGGAACAGAGAAACUCAUCGCUGAGGCCGGUGCACUGGGUCCAGUGGGCGGUAUCUUUCACCUAGCAAUGGUAUUGAAAGAUGGCAUGCUGGAGAAUCUGACUCCUCAGAUGUUCCUUGAGGUCAACAAACCAAAAUAUGAUGGCACCAUGAACUUGGACAAGGUGACAAGAAAGUUGUGUCCAGACCUCAAGUACUUUGUGGCCUUCUCCUCAGUCAGCUGCGGGCGUGGCAAUGCUGGGCAAAGUAACUACGGUUAUGCCAACUCAGCCAUGGAACGCGUGUGUGAAAAGCGUCGUAACGAUGGCCUACCUGCACUGGCAGUCCAGUGGGGUGCUAUUGGUGACGUGGGCGUGGUGCUGGAGAUGAUGGGUGGCAAUGAUACAGUUAUUGGUGGCACCCUACCACAGCGCAUCACAUCCUGCAUGGAGGUGCUUGACCACUUCCUGUGCCAGCAGCAGCCAGUGGUGUCUAGUUUUGUUCUUGCAGAGAGGAUAGCGGUAAAGACUGAGGCAGGAAGCCAGAGGGACUUGGUGGAUGCUGUAGCUCACAUUCUGGGUGUGCGCGAUGUGAACAGCCUGAACACUGAUGCGUCAUUGGCUGACCUGGGACUGGACUCCUUGAUGGGUGUGGAGGUCCGUCAGACCCUGGAGCGUGACUACGACAUUGUCAUGACCAUGAGAGAGAUCCGCCAACUCACUAUCAACAAGCUGCGAGAACUGGCCAUUCGCAAGCCAGGAGGAUCAAAUGAAUCUCAUCGUGCUAAGAGAGAUGGCGAGAUGGAGUCUGAUUUCACCCAGCUAUUAGUAAACCCCAAUAGUCCCACAGUGACACCACUCAAUACCAUUCAGAGCCAAAAGAGACCACUGUUCCUGGUCCAUCCGAUUGAGGGCACCAUUGCCACCUUUAAGACACUUGCCUCCAAGCUCAGCAUGCCUUGCUAUGGCUUACAGUGCACAAAAGCCGCUCCUCUGGACACCAUCCAAUCCCUGGCAGCCUACUAUGUGACCUGUAUCAGACAGGUUCAGCCAGAAGGGCCUUAUCGAAUUGCUGGCUACUCCUUUGGUGCCUGUGUGGCAUUUGAAAUGUGUUCUCAGCUGCAGACCCAGAAUCAGUCUGUAGAGUACCUCUUUCUGCUUGAUGGAUCACACUCCUAUGUGGCAGCGUACACACAGAGCUACAGAGCCAAGCUGACACCUGGGAACGAGUCUGAAGCUGAAACUGAAGCUUUGUGUGCCUUUAUCCAGCAGUUCACUGGCAUUGAGUACAACAAGCUUCUGGAGACUCUUCUCCCACUGUCAGACCUGGAGGCCCGUGUCAACGAGGCAGUGGACCUUAUCCUCUCCAGCCACAAGAACAUCAGCCGAGAGUCACUGCUCUUUGCCGCUACUACCUUCUACUACAAACUAAAGGCUGCUGAUGGUUAUGUCCCUGCGACAAAAUACCAUGGCAAUGUGACACUACUCCGUGCCAAAACCAGCAGUGAAUACGAACAAAACCUGGGAGCUGACUACAACCUUAGCGAGGUAUGUGAUGGCAAAGUAUCAGUCCACAUCAUUGAGGGAGACCACCGCACCUUCCUGGAAGGAGAGGGGUUGGAGUCCAUUCGCAGUAUCAUCCACAGCUCUCUAGCAUAGCUCUGUGUCACGGCAAUGUAGGGCUGGAUAUGCCCAUCCCAACCUCACCCUCCCUCACACUAAUUCCAAAACAUUCCCAAAAUGGGUCUUUCCUUUAAGUACUUCAAAUUAUAGGAUUAAUUUAUAGACUAGGUCAUAGAAUAGGUUCAACAGUCUUUGGACACUGCAUGUUUACAUGAUAUGCCCUAAUAUCCCAAAUGCACCUUAUUGCUCCUUUCUGUACCUUUUCAAAUCUCAUUGGUCAAUCACACACUCUCUCUAACGAAUUACAGCUCUUAAUUGAGAAUAGCAAUAUAUUUUUUGUUUUCUAUGAAACAGAUAGUUUUAAAUGCGCAAUUUGAAGAGACACUUUUAAAUUCAGUAUAUUUGAUAAGGGGUUUGUUUUUGUUCUUAAUUUGAAAUGCAAAUAGUUAGCAGUACUUAUAAAAUACCCUUAUGCAUGUUUUCUAACAACACCACUGUUUACUUGUUGGACUUAAAAAAUAAUGCCGUUAAAGCUGUUUGGCAUUACUCUUGAACUUUCUGGGCCAGGCUCUGGUAAUUUAAGCUGUGCCUAUUUGUCAGUUACACACUGCUCCCAGGACUGCUCCCGCUCACCAAAGUUACAUUAUGUAAGAACAGGUAUUUGGGGUGAGGAAUGUGAAUUACAGUAGCUCCGUUGUCCCUAUUCCAAGUCAGUGUACGAUCAGAAUUACGGUGAAGCUUCUGUUUUAAGGUUACAAAAAUGAUGUAUAGACUUGCUUUAACACAGAGCACUUUGGUUGGUGUGCAAAUUAGUUAAAUGCUUGUGAUGUACUGCAGCUUCAAUGAAAAUUAUGUUAUCUUCUAAUACAUACUGGUUGUUUUGGGAAUAAUCAACCAGUUGGCAAGGAUCAUUUAGGUAGUAGUAAGUAAUCUCUCAUCUAAAAAGUUGACAAACAGCUGUUACCUUUAUACUGCAGUACCUCAAAUAAAUGUUUGUAGAAAAUUCUGAACUGGAAACCCCUGAGCAGCUAGGGGAUUCACUCUGUCUUGGGAUCUUUGCUGAAAGGCUGUAUCCGCAUAGAGCUGUCUCUGACUCCCAUGACCUCACCUGGCUUUAUAAUCCCAGGAACUCUUCUUGUCCCACAUAACACCAGUCAACCUGACUUCUGAGGCUUCCAAUCUAGUCUAUGAAGGGUCAAGUGACUGGAGGCAAAUGUGAUGACUUAUUGCAGUGAAAAGGAGAAGGAAGUGACAGUAUAUGCUCCUCUCUUAUAUUGUAAUAUUGUUAUGACUAAUAAAUGUUGGUACCAAGUA